AUGAGUGUUGAUGAAGUGACGUUGUUGUUUGAUCUGCUUGGAGACGAGGCUGCAGCGGCUGCCGCGCGGUCAAUGGUUGAACCACCAUUGAGCGAUGAUGAUAGAGAUGAUGAUGAUGAUGUCCUCGCCGGUGAACCAACAGGACUGUCCGACAUCGUUGUCGUUGUUGUUGUACUAGUGCUUGUGCUUGCUCCACCACCACCUCCACCUCCGCCCUCAGCCUUUUUCUUCUUCCUAUUGACCGAGUAA